AUGUGCACCGGUAAAGAUGCGAGUAAUGGCUCUGAGGUUAACCCUAAUCAUACGAUUUGUGCUUCCGGUGGAUACGCGCCGUUUGCAGCCCAGACCGAUCUACGUAUUAGGGCUGUGGCUACCGCGGCGGCAGUCUGUGUUGGAACUAUGACACGGCGGGGAUACGAAAAGGACUCGUCAAAUAUGGAUGUACUGAAGACUCAAUUGGACGCUGCAGCAAAGGAUCGAAAUAGCGACGCCGGUGGAGAGAAGGUGCCGGUUGUGCACAUGUUGCCCAAUACUCUCGAGGAAGCGCCACCAAACUUUCCUGACUCCUUCCGGGAUCUGGCCGACUACUACCGCACGCCCAGAGGUUUCCAUCCUCGCGUCGACAACACGACCUUGCCUAGGAGUUGGGAUCUGAUGGCCAACUUCGACGCGUUUGCAUUCAACUCCAUGAUCAGCCCGCGGCCGUUGUUGAUGAUCACGGGCACCCAAGCGGCCACGAAGUGGUACAGUGAAGAUGCCAUUGCAAAGGCGAAGGAACCUAAAGAGCGGUUUGUUGUCGAUGGCCUAACACACGCAGACCUGUACGAUAAAGUCGAUGUUUCCGGGGGCAACGGCGGCUGA